AGUGAGAGGGGGCUUGAAGGGGGGGCUUGCUGCUAGGUGAAGGGGGAACAGCAGGGCCUCAGUUGCCAAGUGGCUGGUAGUAUCUGUCAGCUGUUUGCACACUGUUUACCCAUAAGGGAUCUAUUACAAGUGCUCAAAUGAACCGGCGGCAUAGGAACUAGCAGCUUCCUGGGAGCUGCAAUUACAUAGCAUAUAUUUUUAAUACAAUAAUAAUUAAAAAGCAAGUAGCAGCAGUAUGCCUGGAUCAGCUACAGCUAUCCGACAAGAGAGACUGAAGAAGACCAAUUCAAGGCCAAUUCCUCUUGGUUUAUUCACCAUUAAUGAGGAAGAUGAACAGCAAAAGAAUGGAAAUUCCAGAAGACCAAAAGCACCUGACAACUACAAAGUGCACGAGAAGAAAACUGCCUCCAACCGGCCCAACCCUGCAGUGUCAGGACAAAACAGCAACGUCUCAGGAAAUAAACCAGACCCUCCACCUGUGCUUCGGGUUGAUGACCGGCAGCGACUGGCCCGGGAGCGUCGAGAGGAGCGGGACAAGCAGCUAGCUGCAAGAGAAAUAGUCUGGCUGGAAAGAGAAGAGCGAGCCCGGCAGCACUAUGAAAAGCACCUGGAGGAGCGGAAGAAGAAGUUGGAGGAGCAGAGGCUGAAGGAGGAGCGGAGAAGAGCUGCUGUGGAGGAGAAGCGAAGGCAGAGGCUAGAGGAGGACAAAGAGCGCCAUGAAGCUGUGGUACGACGCACAAUGGAAAGGAGCCAGAAGCCCAGACAGAAGCAUAACCGCUGGUCUUGGGGAGGUCCUCUCCAUGGGAGCCCCAGCAUCCACAGUGCAGAUCCAGACAGGCGAUCAGUUUCCACCAUGAAUCUUUCGAAACAUGUUGAUCCUGUCAUUAGCAAGCGGCUCUCCUCUUCAUCUGCAACUUUGCUAAAUUCUCCAGAUAGAGCUCGCCGCCUGCAGCUCAGCCCUUGGGAGAGCAGCGUUGUUAACAGACUGCUGACGCCCACACACUCGUUCCUGGCCAGAAGUAAAAGUACAGCCGCCUUGUCUGGAGAUACAGUUAUCCCCAUUUGUCCUCGUUCAGCAUCUUGCAGUCCCAUCAACAUGCCUUACAAAGCUGCAUACUCUAGAAAUUCGCUGGAUCGACCAAAAGUCUUUGUAACACCACCCGAGGGCUCUGCGAGGAGGAGGACCAUUCAUGGCACAGCGAGCUUUAAAAGGGAGAAGGAGAGAGAAAAUGUACCCUUCCACCUUACACCUGGCCUCCGAAGGGCUAUGUCUCCAUCUAAUCCCAAAGCAAGAUCACCAGCUUCCUCCCGACUUUGGCUCCCAUCCAAGUCCUUACCUCAUUUACCUGGCACACCCAGACCAAUAUCAUCUUUGCCUCCUGGAUCAGUCAAAGCUACCCCUGCCCAAGCCCGGCCCUCAUCUCCGGGCAACAUCCGUCCUGUCAAGAGAGAAGGCAAAUCAGAAACGGAGAGGAAAGACUCCCAGAAGGAACCUCAAAAAAUUGCCAAUGAGUCUUCAUUGAAGGGCAGGGUACCUUUAGUGAAGGUGGAAGAAGCCGCAGUUGAGGAGGGGACCACUGUUGAACCAGAGGCUUCCUGUGCUGCUCCAGCUCCAGCCCCCGCUCCAGCCCUCGACCCCACCUCCACCUCCGUCCCGGCCCCGUCAUCCACCAUGACUGCCAGUGCUUCUCCUAAGGCCUCUGCAGGCACUACCGACCCAGAAGAGGCCACCAGGCUGCUAACUGAGAAGAGGCGACUGGCCCGAGAGCAGAGAGAGAAGGAGGAAAAGGAGAAGAGAGAGAGGGAAGAGCUGGAAAGACAAAAAAGAGAAGAGUUGGCCCAAAAGGUGGCUGAAGAGAGAUCUCGCCGGGAGGAAGAAUCCCGGCGGCUAGAAGCCGAGCAGGCCCGGGAGAAGGAAGAGCAGCUGCGGAGGCAAGCAGAGGAGCAGGAGCGGCGGGAGCAGGAGGAGAUGGAGCGCAUCCAGAAACAGAAAGAAGAAGAAGCAGCUCGUUUUCGGGAAGAAGCAGAGAGGGCCCGGCUGGAACGGGAGAAGCAUUUCAUGAGAGAAGAGCAGGCACGCAUGGAGAGAAAGAAGCGACUUGAGGAGAUUAUGAAAAGAACCAGGAAAACAGAAGCUACGGACAAGAAAAAUGUUGAUCAGAGAAAUGGAGACAUAGCCAAGGAAGCUCUCACUGGAGGAACAGCAGUAUCUGCACUUCCAGGCAUGACGAACUCUCCAGGAAAUGGAGAACCCAUGGCCAGCCCACAUGUGGUUACCUCGCACCAAUCAGAUGUCACUACUGAGAAUAGUCCCAAUUUAGAAAAACAACCAAAUGAAAAUGGAGUAUCUAAUCAGAAUGAAAAUUUUGAAGAAAUUAUAAACUUACCCAUUGGCUCUAAACCAUCCAGAUUAGAUGUCACCAAUAGUGAGAACCCAGAAAUUCCUUUGAAUCCAAUUUUGGCCUUUGAAGAUGAAGGAACACUUGGGCCACUGCCUCAAGUAGAUGGUGUGCAGACCCAACAGACAGCAGAAGUUAUAUGAGAAUUUCUUCUGAAGAACCAAAGCAGAAAUUUAAUAAGAAUUUCUACAAUUAAUGGGAUUCGUUCCAUGCUAUAAAGGAGCAUUUCCCCCCUCCUCCAGUUUUCUAAAGAUUUCUUGACCAUCAUUUUGAAAAGACUUUAUUAAAACCAGCUAAAGACAACAAACUGGAUAACUUUUCUAAUAAUUUUCAUCAAUAGAGAAAGAAAUGCUCCUUAUUCUUCAGUACUUUAAAAUGGGCUUUUUCCAGUGUGCUCCUUCUUAGCAAAUCAAUAUUUUUCUGCAUUCUCUAAAAGAUGAGAGCAUUUGGCUAUAAAGGAAAUGUGCUGAGUAGGCAUGAUUUUUUCAUACAGAUAUUUUGGUCUUUACAAACUAACAUGUAAAAUUGGCACAAAAAAUUACCUUUUGCAAUGUAAUACUUGAAAAAUAAGUACCUCUUUACUCUCCAAGUAGAGUAAAUUGGGAGGGGGAAUGUUUAAAUUAAGCCUGUUUAUUAUUGCAAAGAGCUCUAUUUGUAGAGGCAAAUUAUAGGCAGAUUACCAGGUUCUUAUAAAUGCAACUUGUACAUGAAUGUUCUGCAAACCCAGCUGUCACAUUCUUCUUGCAUCUCCUUUUGCAAAAGCAUACUAAGCAGUUUUAAAAUGUGAAAAACAAAAGCAUUAUUUUUUCAGAGCAAGAAAAUAAUUUACUGUCCUCUUAAAUAAUGUAUUUAUAAAGUUUUUCCAGGUAAACUAAUCAAAUCAAUUAGAAAAAUGUGACAACAUUGCAAAUUUGAUUUAUUAGAUGCAUUCCUUAUGAUUUCAUGAGAGAAUGUUACCAAUGAUUCAGGGCUAUUUCUGAAGUCUGUAUAUUGCUGCUGUCCCCAGUGAUGUUGGGGCUUAUCUUUGCCUUACCUGAUCACAAAAUAUGGGGCGAGGGGAUAAAGAUUUAAUAUUUCUUUAAAUAAAAAAAAGAAUUUGGUUUUGCUCGUUUAAGAGCAAUAAAAACAUGAUGGAAUGUUGACUGUGUUUGGCUCACAGGCCACUGUGCAGGAGGCCUUCACAAACGUCUUCGUUCUUCGUGGCAGCCAACAGCUAUCCUCUUCUUCACUUCUGCGGCUGAGCUUAGCUGUACAAACUUGCACUUUCAUUUCUUAAUAAAAUGCAAUUUUAUUUUACCAUUUUAGAGACUUUUAAUAAAUACUGAAGGAAAGGGGAGCACAAUUUUUUUAUGUGGAGAAUUAGAAAAAGUAAACUUCUGUCACUAAUGUGAUGUUUUAUAGAGAGACUGGUUAAUCUACAAGGUUGAAUGAGCGCCUCUUCGUUUGCUAGACUCCUUUAAAUCCAAGCAUAUCACCUUUAAUAAUAGCUGUCAUUUGUUAAAACAUUAAAAUUUGGGGGUUUCCCCUAUUCUCAGUUGUCCAUGUACUUAGUCAUUAAAAAAAAUCUGUUCAACAAAGUUGUUCUAUUUGUUUAAAUCAACCUAGCAUGAAACACGAAAUAAAAUGUGUUUGACAUAGUUUAACUUUU